GCGACCACCGGAGGUUGCAGCCUUCGGAUUGAAAAACGGUCACGAAUACAAUAUUCCGUUGUACUCGAAAUACAUACGUAAUAAGUUACGUAAGUAAAAUCGAUCGCGGCUUCCUGUUUACAGAAAUCAGAUUCUUUUUCAUAUCCACCCAUGACGGUUGUGUGUCAAUAGGGCGCUUCAUUUCGACUGUCAGUAAGAAAUGUUGCUGUCAAUUUGCCUGAGGGGGCUUCUCUUGUUGUUGGUAGGAAAACAUGCAUACUCUCAGGAGCAGUGCUUAAAAGGUUCAGUAAACACAUGUGAUGACUGCAUCAAAUCUGGACCUGGCUGUGCCUGGUGUACAGACUUGAAUUUCACCAAGACUGGAGAGCAGGAAACAGUACGGUGCAACACUGUUAUCGAGCUUAAAGAUAAAGGAUGCAAGGGUAUAAAAGACCCUAUGAAUAAAUUAAAGAAAAUUGAGGACAAGCCCCUGACUGAUGGUGUUAAGCCAGUGCAAAUCCAACCACAAAAUAUAGAGCUGAAUCUUAGACCUGGGAAACCCUAUACAUUUCAGCUGGAAUUUAAACAAGCAGAAGGCUAUCCAGUGGAUCUUUACUACCUGAUGGAUCUCUCCUACUCUAUGAAAGAUGAUCUGGAGAAUGUUAAAAACUUGGGAAUAGUUUUACUCGAAGAGCUUAAGAGAAUCACUGGCAAUGCCAGAAUAGGUUUUGGUUCAUUUGUCGACAAGACACUUCUUCCAUUUACGGACACCAAUGAAGCGAAGCUCCAAAGACCUUGCCCAGACAAAAAUGUCGCUUGUCAGCCAGCAUUUGGCUUUCAGCAUGUCCUUUCUCUGACCUCUGACGGGAACAAAUUUAAAGAAAUGGUGGCCAAGCAGGACAUAUCCGGAAACCUGGACCCUCCGGAGGGAAGCCUUGAUGCCAUUAUGCAAGCUGCCGUUUGUGUGGACGAGAUUGGCUGGGGAAAUAGCACUCGGCUGCUGGUGGUGGCCACAGAUGAUGGCUUUCAUAUGGCAGGGGAUGGAAAACUUGCCGCCAUUUUGGAACCAAACCAAGAAACUUGUCAGCUGGUCAACCAGAAGUACAGCAAAAGCAACAUCUGGGAUUACCCUUCUGUUGGUCAGAUAGCUCGUAAACUGGAAGAGAAAAAUAUACAACCAAUUUUUGCCGUCACCAAGAAUAUGGAAAGUGUGUACACAGAGCUCAGUAAACUGAUCCCCAAGUCGGCUGUCGGUGUGCUUUCUGCAGACUCAAACAAUGUCGUCAAAAUAAUUGUGGAAGCAUACAAUAAGUUAAGCUCAAAAGUGAUUAUGGCCCAUGAUUCUGUGCCAAACUCCAUAUCGGUGAAGUUCAGAUCAAACUGUGUUGGUGGGGAAAAGCUCACGGACAGUGGGAUAUGUGAAAAUGUGAAUAUAAAACAGAAGGUGGUUUUUGAUGUGACAGUGACAGCAGAGAAAUGUAUGGAGAAUCAGACCUUCUUUAUUGGGCCGUUGGGCUUUAAUGAAAAACUAAGGGUAACUGUUUCAACUCAAUGCAAGUGUGAAUGUGACGAUCCAAGGGAAGAUCAUCCCCACUGCAAAAACAAUGGCAAAGUGGUCUGUGGCAGUUGCAAGUGUAAUACUGGUUUCCUAGGCCAGAACUGUGAGUGUGAACUAGGCAAAAAAAACGAGGAAACGCUAAGAGCGCAGUGCCGGAAAGACAACGCGACACUGGAGUGCGAAGGAAAAGGGGAAUGUGUAUGCGGACGCUGCCAAUGUCACCUCACACAGGGCAACAGCCAAUACUACGGCGAGUUCUGUCAAUGCGACGAUGAACAUUGCGAACAAAGCAACAGUAAACAGUGUGCAGGUCAUGGGCGAUGCAGAUGUGGUAAAUGUGACUGUUUUGAUGGCUAUGAAGGAACGGCGUGCGACUGUCCGAAAUCUGAUGAAGCUUGCAAGAAAGAUGGCACCGUGUGUUACGGACGUGGUAAAUGUGUAUGUAACGAGUGUCAAUGUCAGAGAUCAUACAGGCCGCUGUUCUGCAAAGAAUGUCCUACUUGUCAACGUCCAUGUGAACAAUCAGGGAGUUGUGUUGAAUGUUUGGCCUUUGGAAGCGGUCCAUUGGAAAAGAACUGCUCAGCAUCCUGUACUCAUCUUACAGUCAAUGUGGUUGAUAAAUUGCUUAAGAGUGAUUGUCGUGCUAAAGAUAAAGAAGGAUGCUGGAUGUCAUUUACAAUGACUGAGCAAGAAGGAUUUGACAAGUACACCGUCAAUGUGCUAAAAACCAUAGAGUGUCCCGAGGGACCAAAUAUAGCAGCCAUUGUAGGAGGAUCUCUUGCCGGCGUAGCUUUGAUCGGACUCCUGAUUCUCCUCACUGUAAAGGCGUGCCUUUAUGCAAGUGACCUUAAGGAAUGGAGAAGAUUUGAAAAAGACAGGAAACAAGAAAGAUUUGCUGGUUCCAAUCCAUUAUUCAAGGAUGCAACCACCACAGUCCAAAACCCAGUAUUUUCUGGAGAUUCUUAAGAAAACUUCUAACAAAGAGUGGAUGUCUAUUAAAUCAUCUAUGGACUUUCAGAAAUUUCAAACGAUGAGUGGAUGUCUGAUAAAUUAUCAUGAAUUUUCAUAAAAAAAAUAAUUGUCUUUAACAUGUAAUGACCAAUGCGAUCGCUGUAUUUGUAUGUCAAGUGUUAAAUUAACACAUUUGUUUAAUGUUGAAUCACAUUUUUUUAUUUAAUUCUUAAAGGCACCGUAUGUAAUUUACGCCACUAGAAGUCAUCAUACAAAACAAAAUCACAGCCUGAUGAUGCUACUGUAUGAAGGAGUUAUGGAUGUUAGUUUUAGUCUUGAUUUCCACUGUCAAAAAAAUAAAUUCAGACUAAAAAAUCAUAUGCAUGGAUGAUGCAAUAAAAUAAAGUUGUGUAACAGUUAUGUUAUAACAUAAGAAAACACAGUGGCUUGAUAUAAACAACAAUACGGUCUACUUCUGCAUGUGGCGCUGCAAAGAACGAUCAGUGUAUGACAUUCGAUAGUAGCGCUUUUGGAUUGCUAUUAUGAUGUCAUACGCCAAUCCGUCCUCGCCAUGCUGCAUGAAGUCGAACACAUGUAUGAUUUCUACCGCAGUAAAAGUGGAAACCAAGAGAACUUAUGAAGGUAGGAUGAAAAAUUUUUGUUGUUGUUGUUGUUGGAAAGCAGACGGUCUGUUCUUUCAUUUGAUAUGUUUAUAUAUUUAAAGAAGAACAUUUUCUGGAAGGCAUUAAACCUUUGUGAAAAUCAUAAAAAAUGCUGGCGCUGGCUGGCAACUUUAAAAUAAAAAACUGGCAGGGAAAGAGUUAAAAACUGUGAAUACUCUGAUUGAAAAACAUUUUGGAUAACUCAUGGUGAACAAUGGUUGGCGUUUGCUAUUAUUAACACAGACAUUUCAGAAAUGGUAACAGAGCUGCGUUUGCUUUGCUUUGUAAGCUGUUUGUCUUAACCUGUGUUUUAUUCUUCAUAAAGUCAAACUUAUGUGAGUGUUUGUAUAGUAGGGUAAAAUUUCUUAAAUAAAAUUAAACUAUUUAAACUA